AUGUCCACAUCACCAGGUAGUGAAGACAGUGGCUCUUUAUCGAAGGAUCGGAGUUUUGGUUUUUUUACCCUUGGAAGAAAGAAUCUCUUCGGUUCAAAUGCCUAUAUUUCUGGUUCUUCCAAAAUGGAUCGGCGCCGGUCAGUUUUGCGGAAAUCUUGGUCUCAAGAACAACCGACUGGUCCUGCUUCCCAAAUUCUACAGGAGAAGCGUGAUAUUCUUCUCGAAAACCUCAAACAAAAGGUCAUAUCACGCUUUCAUGUUCCUUAUCAAACUUAUGCACUUUAUGUUCAUGGUGACGCUCAUGUUUUUGUUAAUUUGCGUGGAGCAAUAUGCGCGGCCGUGGACGACUGUCUGCGCUUUGGUUUGAUUCUGAAAAGGCCUGUGCUAUUUAACCGCGAGCCUCCCACCUACAGCCUCCUGAAAGAGGUGGCGAAAUCCCUCCCUGAGGCAAGGGAUGUUGUCAAGAGGGUUCAGGAGUUGGAGGAGAGGGCUAACGUUUAUGGUGGAUACGGACAUACCUUCAGUCUGUCCUCGCUUAGUUAUGUCGACUCUGUUGGACGUAAUGCUUCGCCGGGUUCGGGGACUCUGCCCAGGCACCUCUGGAUACGGAUCGCUCUCUUCCAAAAGUCACUAAGCAAAAUAGUUGAUUACCUCAUGGAGAAUGCCGAGUUGCAUUACGAGCGCGUUUCAAUCAUCGCGCAUCCGUUUGACAGCCAACUCUUUGCUGACCUGCUCCUUCGUGCAGCGCUUUCCUGCCUCACCGCUUCCAGAUCACACCAAUGUGCAUUAUUCUUUUACGUGCGUGUCCUCUCUCAGCUUUGCUCCUCUGCCAUUGGUCGGGUGGACGAGUUUGUUUCCAGCGUCGCUCUCAUUGGUCCACAUCAAGUUGCUACAUGCAAUGCAUGCAGGAAGAGGGCUGAGCAGGCAUCAGCAACAAGGGAUCAUGGAAAAGGGAUCGGUGACAGGAGUUCGAAAGUACCCGGGUACAGGACGAGCCCCUACAUAUUCCCGCUCCUGCCUGCUUCCUCGUCCUCACCCUCACCUCAUUUCACCUGCUUCACUGUUGUACCAAGUCUCCUCAUCGCCUUCCGUCAUUCACUCCUCCGAGGUCGGUUUGUGCCGCUUUCCGCUGUCGCGGGUGGUGUUAUUGAAAGAACUUCAACUAGUGAGGCCACUAGUGAUGAGAAUGGCACAGAUGAAGAGGUCACUUUGGGUAGUUUUGUCACAGAAGAAGAAGCGCAUGUUCACCACUACCAUCACCAUCAGUUGCGCUCCAACUUCUCGCCCAGCCUUCCAGCGCAGAAACUGACUCAGGCCAAGGACUAUGUCGAAUCCCUUCAUCAAAAUGAACGAACUCCACUCCUUUAUGGCAAAAACAAUGUCCUCGUGCAACCGAGCAUGAGCACUAGUCGAAUCUCUGGCUAUCUGUCGAUGCACAGGACGGGUCUUGACGCCGACUCUGGACUGGAACUGAAAUGGGCACCCAACAGGGCCAUGUCCGUGCCGCAGGAGAGCGAAGAGCAGCAGCAGCAGCAGCAGCAGCAGCAGCGGAGGAACCAUCGUCCCUACAAUGGUCUGCGCUCCUACGACAGUGCUGAAGGCGUCUCUAAACUGAUGCUGCACGAGUCGAGCUACUGGGAUUUUGUCUUGGACAUUGAUAUCAAGAAGGUCGUAUACAUUCACUGUCAUCGACAUUACUCUGAUACUGAUAGUGGGACAGUAAUAUUGGUACGAGCGGACGGUGUACAAUAUCCUCCAUUGACUUUUCCCGCCUUUUCACAAGUCGUCUCCUUCAUUCAAUGCCUAGAAACGCAUUUGGCACCCAAGGGGUCUCUGAACCCUCGAACAGAUGAUGUUGAUUGGGAGGAGAAUUGGCUGGCCUAUACACGCUCCGUCAACCUCGUUCGAAAUCGUCUCAAAAAUAUUGUCUAUCCGCGCUACCUGCUGUCAAAGCCUCCAUCUCCCAAUGCCAAACCUCUGACGGCAGAGUUGUGGCGGAGCGGGAUAAUACUUGCCUCGCAGGUAUGGCCGUUUCUCCUGGACCAUUACCCGUGGUCCGCGACCCCGAUGGAGAUUGAGGAAAUAGAUAAGCGCACUCGCAUGGCCUACGAGCGCUCGGUAUCCGAAUGGCUUGCUGCUGAGGUUAUAAUUCUGCAACAAGAGCAGCAGCACAGCCAACGCGGCUCCAUGGCGGGGACGCUGACCGACCAUAACACCCCCGAAGUGGAUUCGCGCAGCGCCUCCCUCCGUCGAAAUUCGCUUGUUUCAGAUAAGCAGACUGUCGAGGAUACUGCACCCUCAUCCCGACACUCGGGUGAAGUAAACGAAAACUCAGGUGAUUCGCACGCCUCCACAAACUCAACACGCACCACCAACGAACUACCUCCAUUGCCUCCCAAGUGGACACAUGAGUCCCGGGCUCUUAAAAUCAACACUGGAGUAGGUGGCAUUGGCUACAGCGGUUGUGGCAACUCGAUCGACCUGGCAGACGAUGCGACUGAGGAGUGUACAAUGACGACAACGGACGACGACGAUACAAUCGAGAACAAUGCAGUGGCGAAUCGCGUGCGUCGUCUCGCUAUGGCGCGAGCUCAGUCCUGUCCUAAUACUCCCAAAUCGCUUGACCAUCUUACAGUUACAAUCCGCAAUACUAACUCCUCUGCCAUUACACAGGAGGACAACUCCGACGUUGAUGAAGUCUUCAGCCCGCUCACUUUGCCUCCCACACGAAUCGGAGGUCAGGACCAUCAGUCUCUGACCCAGCCAUCAAGAGAGAAAAAACAUAGUCGGUAUUCACGUUCUGAAGUAUCGGGAGCUAGUUACUCGAGUGAAGUCCUUGAGGCUCUCUCAGUAAAUAUUCAGAGGAUCGACAAGGAUGUUGCCAGAUGUGAUCGAAACUACCAUUAUUUCUCCAAAGGCUUGUCCAAUGGUGCCGGUACCCAGACAGCGGUUUCAGAGCAGUUGAUGGGGGGUUUGUGUGUGGCGAGUCUCGACCUCUCAGCCAACCUUUACCGUCUCCGCACUAUCAUGUGCACUUGGAUCUGGCAGCAUAUGGAAACGGGUUACGUGCAGGGCAUGUGCGAUCUCCUGGCGCCCUUGCUUGUGGUACUGGAAGACGAAGCCCUGACCUACGCCUGUUUCUCGCAACUCAUGUUGAGGAUGCUUUCAAAAUUUCCCCUUGCAUCUAGCACCACUUUUACGAGCACAGAGGCGGCGGCAGCGGCAGGAGUUCUUUUACCUCACCUUCUAGAACCCGUUGCCUUUGAGCGUGCGCCCCAUCGUCGCUACGAUUUCACACGCCCCAAAACUAAACAGCAGCUACUGCAAGAGACCAACCACCACUCCAUGGUUGGCCAUACUGCCAGGACGAAUGUGUCUAGUCUUGCUCCUGCUGGAAACACACUCAUUAAUCGACAAUUUGAAAGUCUUCGCAGUCUCAUCGAAGUCUUAGACCCUGUCCUUGCCGAACACAUGCACCUAAAUGAGGACAAUUCUCACUUAUAUUUCUACCGAUGGCUCCUUCUGGACUUCAAGCGGGAAUUCAAAUACGCUGACGUGUUUCUUGCCUGGGAAACGAUUUGGACCUCUUAUCGUUUAGUCUGCCCAGAUUUUGAAAUUUUCAUUGCAUUUGCCUUGAUUCAGUAUUAUCGCGACAUAAUUAUCUUCUAUUGCUUCGAUUACACCGACAUUAUACGCUUUUACAACGAACUGCAAAUAGAGUGGCCUCACUUGGAGUGUGGUGCUCCCAGUAGCUAUCAUCGAAUCCCACCAAAUUGUGCCGUUGAGGAAUUUGAGUCGAGCUUCGGACAUUCAUUCAAAAGAAGAAUGCAUCUGGAUCCACAUUUGUCUCCCUCCUACAAUAAGAAAUCAUCUCGUAUAUCCAACUCCACAUCAUCCACUUCUCCCUCUCCAAUUGAAAACCUUAAUUUUGACGCUCUUAACGAUCCCACCGACGAGACUAUGGCUCACCCUUGCCACGAGGCCUCACCUGUCUCUUCAUCAUUCCGAUAUCUCACCUCAAGCGAUGAUUUCUUUGUGGUGCAGACGCCCUCCAAGGCUAUUAAUGAGUCCGACCAGCAGUCUUUCCAUCUUUCGAGCCCGCCUUCUGGCUUUGGGAAUCUCGGUGGUACAGCAAAUACAAAAUCCGUUAAAUCAUUUAGGCCUCGAGUAUUGUUUAGAAGCAGCAAUUUUGAAUCCGAAAAACCAGUAUCGAGUUCUUUGAUUAAGGGAUUGGGUGCUCCACUCAAAAAUCAAUCACCUAAGCCGAGAUUCUCAUUUGUUGGCCCUUUAAAUCAACCAAAGUCUUCUGCUAGUGAUUCAAUCGCCCUGUCAAUGGCCAAAAUGACAGUAUGGAACAGGAUGGCUGCUGCAACUACGCCUGUUACAAUUGUAAAAACUCCACAGUCCGCCACUAACGUUCCUCGGCUAGGUUUGAGUGGUUCGCGUCAGGCCAUUUCUGCUCCGGGCGUUAAGCUAGCAUAUCCUGUACACAAGGAGCCUGAAUUCACUAUCAGACGUAUUUUGCAAAUGGCGUGUGGGCUCUCAUCGUUCUCAGUGCUCUUCUAUGGCUCACGAGGUCAGCAGUUGGGGUCAAUAAGUGGGCAGGGUCGUGCCGAAGACAAACUCUACGACGACUGGGUGCGAAUCUUAUCCAAGGAGUAG